UCGCUAUGACUACACGGUUCUGAGAGAUGCAAAUGUCACUAGCCGAGAGGAUGGAGGGAGAGCGGAGGGAGCAGGAAGAAGCAGUACAAGAUGUAGCGCUGCUGAACUGUCAGUACUACCUGCGUUCGACUGGUCAUUAUGUGCUGCUACGACAGUGCCCUUCCAUUGGCAGUCGGGCGCAGAAGCACUGGUUCCACGUGCGCAAAGUUGGAGCAAAGUCGCAUAUUCUCCUCUGCAUGUUCCCGCGAUCUGCCGGCUGCCCACUUCCCUUCACAGAUAUGACUUGCAAGACGCUGAAUGAGUUGCUCCUGCUCUUACAGCAUCCGUACAUCUUCAGUGAGCUCUCCAUUGACUUCAUACCAGAUCAGAACCUCUGCGUUGUACUGCAGACGUGCAGCAAAGGAGGUUCACUCAAAGAUGCCAUCUAUCGUAGCAAGCCCUCGGACUGUUAUCAGAUAAAGUAUGGAAGCCGCGGAACUCCAGUUGCUGUGGCCGCUAUGCAACGGCAGUGCAAACAAAUCCUGGUAGCCAUGUUGUUUCUAGCAGAAAAGGGUCUCACAUCUCUUAAUCACCUUCAUUCUGGGAAUGUUAUUUUUCAAAAGGAUGGCCAAUGCAGGCUUGAUGUGCUGGCUAAUGUCUUCCUGAGUGUAAAACCCAAAAUUCAGCCUCUAAUUAAGAGGCAAAUAAAGGAACAGCCACAGGCAUUUGACAGCCUGUGCUUUGGACAUCUGCUCUUUGAGAUGUGUACUGGGUAUGAACUAGAUUGUGCAGCACCACAACCACGCCAUCUACUGGACGUUGCAGGACACGACGCAGUAGAGAUCUUGAAUUUCAUUUUUCACAGUGAGGUCACUCCCAGCAUAAAGGAGAUAGCCGAGCAUGCCUUCUUCAGAUGCGUUGAUUUGAGAGAGCUGAGGAUGUAUAAUCCAGCGCCGAUCAAGAUGACGCCGGCUAUGAAGUCACUGCUGAAAGCGUGUAACGAAGCCAGUCGGCUUCAGAGCCAUGGUGGUCGGCAUGGUAGAAAAUCUAAUGCAGCUCACGCGACAGUGGAGCAGCGGCGUCGAUCGUCUGUAGCAUCCUCAUCCUCCUCAAAGAAGCCAGUUAAGCGACCACCGCAGCCUCUGACAGAAUCAGUACAGACAUCAGCGGCAUCGACCUCAAAACCCGUAGCUGCGAGAAAUGGCCCAGAGGUGGUGCCGGACGUCAUCGUUCAGAGUUCUUCAAGGGUGGCGCUGAUGCAGGACAUUCGACAGGGUACGCGACUCAAGCACGUCGUUGAUGAGAAGCUGGUUUCGCCAAGAGCUUAGCUCGCCGCCUCCAGGCUGGCAGUUCCCAGAAGUAGAUUCUCAUUGCAAGUAGCCAGUGGGGGGAGGGGCCAGCUUUGCCAAUCACCUGUCCACAUUGCUCUAGAGUAGUAAUGUACAGGCUUGGUGCUACAUUGCUACUUUGCGAUGAUGUUUCUCACUGUUAAACUUUGUAUUACGCCGCGAUAUCGGUUCGAGAUUACGGUUAUGCAUCGUGUGAAUGUGCGCGUGCAAGGUGCUUUGUGUGCACGUGGUGGGCUUGUUUCAGAGAUGCCAACCACUACGAUUUAUCCGUAUUUUAUACGAAUUUCUAUUCCUUUUGCACCACUACGACCAGUUUG